ACACACACACACACACACACACACAUUAAUAACUUUCCAUUUAAUAAACGUGCAACAGUUUUAUAAAGUGAUGAAAAUAAACGGAUUGAUUUGUUGGUGUCGAAGAGUGAGAAACUGUUGAUAAUAUAUAUAUGAUCAUAUAUAUAUUUUUUUUCAGUGCAGUCUAAAUAAUAGCUACCUGAAAACAAAAGGCAUCCACACCCUUUCCCCUUCAGUGAAUCUGCCUUUUAACUUUACUUACUUUUCAUUGUCUCCUCUAUCACCAUAGCAACAGGUCAAAACUAAUGACUAAUGUCAAGACCCAGACAAUCACACACACACAGAGGAGCACGUGAAGAAGAACCUGAUUCAGCAGUGUUAAAGUAUUUAGCAUGAACUGAACUCGACUAAACCACCACCAGUGUCCAGUGUGGAGUAAAUCCCAGAGUUCCGCUUCCUCAUCACAUUUUCCUGGCUCUCGUCAAAGCGGCCAUUUGAUGUAAGAAAAGAGCCUCUUCGCGGGUUCUUUUUGAAACUUAACUCAAAUACCUUUUACCAACUCUCCUAACUCAAGACAGAUGUAUCAAGAAAGUUUCUUUAAACAGUUUACACAAGGUGAUUACAGUUCCACCGGCCCUCCCUGCGCUGCGAUGAGGAUUAACAGAACGGAGCACGAUCUAUUAAGAGCUCACACUUUACCAAAGGGCCGAGGUGCCAGGAACUUAAUAACACACAUCUUAGUGAAGACUAAAAGGAGAGAGGGAAAGAAAAAAAAAACGCUUGGCUGGAUCUAGUACUGCUAGACUGUGGUACAGUUGAUUUAUCUGCUGGCCCGGAUUGAGAGGGCGUGGCAUCCGAGCAACUUCACCAUUAAUUACAUCCAUAAAAGACACCAAAACAGGAUGUCUGAGUUGUAGAAACGUCUCCUUCCACUGUAAAUUAAAUGAGCAAAUGUAUCACCGCUGUUCCGCUCUGUAAACAUGACCGCAUUGUGUUCGCUUUCCUUGUCUCGUUUUGUUGCUAAAACUGAAACCCGAAAGAUUUCUCGCGCUUACUUCCCAAAUCCCGCUCUCGAAUAUCAUCUGAGCCACAUCGCAAAAAAAAGUCCCAUCAUCACGACUCCCUGCAGAGGACAGAGUGUUCAGUGAGAGUCUAAGAACGUUCUUGCGUUUAAACAACAAGCAGCAGCUCCGAUUUUUGACAAUCUGUUUGAUGAAUUGAUUUGACAGUGCAGAGAAACCACAACACGCUUGCUGCCAGAGCUGAUCUAUAAACACACAGACGUGCACACGCAAGUGCACACACACCCAUUCAGCAAGCAUGGAGACCUCUUAAAGCUUGCCUGUGCUAAUUAAGACUUACAAUAAGAUUUUAUAAUCAAACCAAAGCCUGUUGUUGUGAUGAAUGAACUUUGGCUUGGUGACUUAAAAAGAAAAAAGAAAUAAAAGGGAAAAAAAAAUAAAAAAAGGAAAAAAGAAAAGAAAGCGACUUGGGGGUGGGAGAGGAGGGUGGAAUCGCACUUGAGAGUCACUAAACUACACACGGUGUAGAAAUCAGUGAGAUCGUGGAGAAGAGUAAAUAUUCAUUUCACAAAUCAGUUUUAAGAUCAAGAUGAAUAAACAGAGUGCUGUUAAGUUCCCUUAAGCAGAAGGUCUGGAGAUGUAACAGGCGCUAAUGUUUAAAACCCCAAAAUCUGUCUUCACAUGUGGAGAACACGACUGUAUUACGGCCGUCUCCAAAACACAAGCAGAGAAACGAGCCAAGUCGGAGGCACAGUCGCAUGCUUUAUUCCAUAAAUCUCCCAAUACUGAAACAAAACCAAACUGUGCUGUUUCCUGCACUAACUCUUAGCAGAUGCUAUUGUGUUUGGAAUUUUUCUUUAAAAAACAAAACAAAAAAACAAUGGCAGUAAUUAUAAAUAAAUCCACAGUGCUGCAAAAUUCUGGAUUCUGAUUGGCCAGGUGGUGUUGAUUAGGGCUAUAACGAUUCCUUGUGGAACUCGAGUAAAUCGGUUACAAAAAUCCGGUUACAAAUUAAUUUGCCUCUUAUCUUCGUUUAGUCCGUUCAACUAAACACGGAGCAGUGUGUUUCCCACGCAGCAUUAUUACUGACGCACCGCACGCUGAACUCUGGAGCAUAACCUACGAGGGGGGUUCAAGUCAAACCGGGUCUUUUGAGUUGUAAAACAAAAGAACACAUUUCAAAGAGUGGAAACCGCAUUAAUUUUCAACAUACUUCCCUGCUACAUUUAUACACUUAUCCCAGUGUUUAACUAAUGCCUGGAAAGAUUUAGCAUAGAGAGAUUUGUCAGUACACUUGAAACAUCCUAGGACAAGCCUGCUUGACUUCGGGGAACCACCACUUUAUCACUGAUGAGCAUACGGCCGUCUUUACUCUGCUUGAAGUCUUCUGUAGAUGUCCAUGUUUUUUAUGCCUUCAUCACAAGAAAAAUCCCCACACACUGUUUCAUUCAUGCACAAACACUGCUGUCUGCCAUCUUGAUUAACGGUCUCUGGACUGUCCCGCAACAUGUGUGCCACUGAUCAGUAAUAGGAUUUACUAACCACUCACUACUGUGCAUAGUAGCAUCCAUUUACACCUGUAUAAUUAAAAGUCCUAGUUUGACUUGAAUGGCCCUAGGUGCUUAUAAACACAUUUAGGAGUCUCCAAUUGUUGUGUCUUAUUAACACAGCUAAAGCUGAAAAAUAUCAUCUUUAGGACAUACACUUUGCAGCUUUUCAUCAUUUAAAAACUGCCAAGAAACCACAAAACAACAACCUCUGUCCUGAAAAAAAAAAAAAAAAAGAAUAACUAAAGAGGGAACCACUGUUUAUAGCUGCUCUUACAUCUAUGCUAUUUAGCAGAUGCCCUUAUCCAGAGUGACAUACAAAUGUGCUCUGAAGUCUCUAUCAAGGAAUAAAUCAACACUGGUUCACUGGUUGGGAGGAAUUAUAACACUUUAAAAAAAACAAAAAAACAACAUGAAACAAACGGAAAAUAAUUGAUAGUUCAAGUGUUUCAGGAAGAGGUAGGUCUUUAUCAGUUGUUUGAAGAGAGGCAGUGACUCAGCUGUUCGGACAUCUGGGGGAAAGCUCAUUCCACCACCUUGUUGCCAGAACACAAACGCUAUAAAGCUAUUUAUGCAUUGCAUUUAGCUACAACCUAAAAUCAAUGCAGAAAUAAGUGUAGUAUGUAGUAAUAACCUAGUAUAGUGAUCUACUGUGAACUGACAUUUUUACAAUAGUCCUUCUUUGUAAUUAUUUGUGGAUUCAUGUUCUGAACACAUUAAUCAGAGAAUACCAAAUCAAAUCUGACUGAAUAACCAUGGAAUCGAAACUGUACCAUGUAAAACCCUGAUGAUUUACAGCACCAACAUAAAAAGAUACUUGGAAAAAAUUCUUCCAUAAAUUUCUUUUGAAUGUAUAGUUUAUUCCAAGAUCGAGUAGAUUAAUAGUGGACCAAAAAUUAAAAAAAUACGUGUACGAAGAUAGAAUAGUUCCUUUUCAUUUCCUUCAUGAGGACGUUUACACAGAGAUUAACCUGUCCAAUGAGCAGAAAAGAAUGAAACUCAAGUAUAAACUCUUGUGGGGCAUCAUCACCACCACUUCCAGGUCUUUUGAUUAAUUUGGAUUUGAUCUCUAAACAGCUGAGUCAUGUUACUCCAGGAACAGGCUCAGCCUCCAGAGCACCUAUAUCUGGAACGUUUCAGAAAGCGCUCAUAAGGCUGUUUUUGUGUGCUUUGACGAUUUUUUUUUGCACUCCUCUUCUGAAAGUUCAUAAACAAAAGCCAGAGGCUGACACACUCCAGGAGUGAGGAGAAGAGCGUUAACCAGACACGGUGGCGAAAUGAACAAACAAAAAGGAAGUCCUUGACUCAGAAGUUAUUCCUCCACUUGUAAAAAUUGGAUAUUAACAAGCAACAAAAGGACAGACAUGGACUGAGAGUGGUACUUCCUUCAAGGCAUAAAUUUGCUAAUUCAUCAAGCACAGCUCACUCAGGAGUACGGAUGAGAAUCAGGAAAUUACCUCCCAGAACCGCUGGCACAAAUCCAGCGCAGACACACACUCGUGUGUUUUCUGAGAGAGUCAGAAAGGCAGAGCGAGCGGACGAGUGCAGAACCAGCGAGCGCGGAGGAGAAGAGAUGGGAAGAUUAGUGCUGCAGUAGGUGAUGCGAAACAGGAAAAUAAAAUGGACAUAAAUCCUUCAACACACGGCACAGAAGUGAGAUAAUUCUUUGGGUCUCGUCCUAGGAAAAGACUCCGAACUCUGGUUACUCGUUCCAUGUGAGCACUUAUAAAAACGUGUGAAUAGACCAACUAAAAAGGACCAAAGAAUCCCAGCUUGGGAGGUUCUAGAUGAGUAAAGACGACACAGGGCAGAAAAAAAAAAAGCAUGUGGAAUAAGAUCGAAGACCAAAAAGCACUGACGGAUCGGAGCUGAAGUGGGACAAUGCUGGCCGAGCCCCAGGAAAAAGACACAGCACGUCGUUCUUGGUCCAGGCAAGCGAAAGCAGCAUGUCUUCUCCCAAUGGAGAGAUGCUGCACUGGGCCUCACUGCUCUUCCUUAUGGCCAUCCUGCCCACCAUUGGGGGAAACAUCCUGGUCAUCCUGGCCGUGUCGUUGGAGCGCAAACUCCAAAAUGCUACCAAUUACUUCCUCAUGUCUCUAGCUGUGGCUGACCUGCUGGUGGGGCUGCUGGUGAUGCCCAUCGCUCUUGUUACCGUGCUGUACAAUUCAGCCUGGCCACUUCCUGAAUUCCUGUGUCCCAUCUGGCUAUUCCUAGACGUUUUAUUCUCCACAGCCUCCAUUAUGCACCUGUGUGCCAUCUCCCUUGACCGCUACAUUGCCAUCAAAAAGCCCAUCCAGCACAGCCAGUACAACUCGAGAACAAAAGCCGUGGCCAAAAUUGCACUCGUCUGGGUGAUAUCUAUAGGUAUUGCCAUACCCAUACCCAUCAAAGGGCUGAGAAGUGAAAAUAAUGGAAUCAAUACAACUUUCAACAGCAACCACACCUGCCUGUUGACCAUAGAGGCUUUUGGGGACUUUAAACUAUUCGGCUCUCUGGCGGCGUUCUUCAUUCCCCUAAUGAUCAUGAUGAUUAUAUACCUACUGACAAUUAGAGUGCUGCGCAAGAAGGUGUACCUCCUUAGAUCAAGGGCAAGUCAGCGAGUCAACAGACCGGUGGUGUGUACAGUCUUUCAAAGAGAGCAGACUGUUUUAUCUCCACCGCAGAAUAUAUGCAUGCUGGACGCUAUUAAAAAGGACCAACUAAUGCAGCGGACAAACCUCUUCAAAGGGGAUGAGAUUCCCAUUCGGCGACUGUCCACCAUUGGAAAGAGAUCCAUGCAAAAUCUGAGUAAUGAACAACGAGCUUCGAAAGUUCUGGGAAUCGUCUUCAUGUUGUUCCUAGUCAUGUGGUGCCCGUUUUUCAUAACCAACGUGACAUCCGUGCUCUGCGGGAGUUGCGAUGCCGAACUGCUGGAGAGACUUUUAGACAUUUUCGUGUGGGUUGGUUACGUUUCAUCAGGCGUCAACCCUUUAGUCUACACGCUUUUUAACAAGACUUUCCGGGGAGCCUUUACGCGUUACAUCACGUGCAACUUUGGCGCUAAGAGAGUGCAGAGAAUGCAGCACAGGAAUUUGACCAAAAUUACGUUCCAGUCUUCUGUUGCAGAAAAUUCCAAAAUGUUUAUGAAGCAUGGGAUGAUGAAUGGUAUUGGUGCUGUAGGGUACCAAAGUCCUUUGCGAAGACGAUCCACAAACCUUCAACCUUCUAGCAGUGUCAUGCUGGAUACUCUACUUCUCACAGAAAACGAGGACCGCAAAACUGAGGAAGGGACCAGUUGUUUAUAGCUAGCAUAGAUGCCAUUAAAAAAAAUUACAAAAAAACUAUUCAAACCCUUUUAUUUUAUGGCAUAAAAUGCCCACACUAACUCCUGCACAUAACAGAAUUGACCAGUAUUCACUCUUGCAAAUGAAAAAAGGUCUUUUCAGCACUUUUUAAAAUGGUAUUUGAUACUGGAAUAAUGUGGAUGGAGGCCAGAUUGCAAAGAACAAAGAAUUGUAAAGAAUACAUGCUAUGUGUAGCAUGAAUGCUAUACACAUUGACCAAUGUUAUGGUUUUAUGGGGACAUACAAGGUUUUCUUGGUUAUCUUGCUGAUGAUAAAGGUCUCUCUUAUUUUUAUAUAUAUUUUUUUUAAACGGAUGAUCUGGAAUAACAAACAUGAAUGAUAAUUGUCUACAUGUUCCAGAUGCCUGACCAGUGGAACCAUCUUAGGGUUGUUGUAUUCAAGAGGUUGUCUUUUCAAGAGCCUAAACAUUUCCUGAACUCACUUGUUACACAAACCUAAGUAGACCCUUGACUCAAAUUAUACAACUCUAGAAUUUUAUAUUUAAAUCUGCAUAUCCAAGAGAUACAAUUCUGGUCUGGAAUAACAGGCCAUUUUUAAACUGGUAAGAUCUAAGGAGGCUUUUAACAAGAACAUUAUUAAGAUUUUUUGUUAAUACCUGCUAACAUCUAGCCUAGCUUGCUGUCUAGAUUAGAAUUUUUUUAUUUUUUAAUCAGUAAUGCAGAUUUCCAUAAAUCAGAUGAGAUUGCUUGCCCUCACAGUUGCUGUAAAGGGAGCAUUUUAAUUAUGUCCCAGUAAAAAAAAAAAAAAAAAAAAUAUAUAUAUAUUUUUGAAAUAUGAAAUUAAUGAAAUAUGUUUUCAACUCAUCGUGUCGUAAAUUGCUUUAUUUCCCACUCUAAUAACAAGAUUUUCACUAGUCCUUUGACUUCCACGAUUAUUUUCAUUUGUUCCCCAAGCUGUGACCUGAAGUUCCACAACUUUGGAUGCCCCGUUGUGACCAAAAAUACAUAUCUUCCCAUGGGAUUGUAUGUAAAAUCGUGGUGCAAAAACCACCAACUGUGAAAGCAGCCUUACAAACAAACAUCUUAAUAAAAUGAGGAUUGUAGCAUGUGAUAACUAAAUUAAGUGAUGAAAAGCCAAAAGAACAGUUGUUGCUAUGUUGAGGAAAGUUCGGAAAGCUAGAAAGUAAAAAAGCAUGAAACUAGACGAUCAAACAACAAACUGAUUCUCUUUUUAAAUGUGUUCAUUAGAUCAUUGGGGCAUUAAACAAGUUUUUACCUGCAGACUGAACAUAAUACAAUUAGACCAGUUUUAAGCCGCCAUAUAACAGGAGGCCUUCCAAACUAAAUCUUCAACUUAUUCUAUGAUUUCGAUAAACCAACUCUAUAUGAGCAAAGUGUUAACACGUGUAAUAGAAAUCAUUUCCUCAUAACACACUUUCUAAAAUAUUUUUAAACAUGCAACCCUGCAGAUAUUAAAUUUUUUUUGCCAAAUAAACAUUUUCAGCAAAUUCUCCAUCUGUGAAAUGAAUCCAACAAUGUGAGAAUGUACAUUUGUCAGAAUUAGUGAAAUUACUGUUAACGAUCUCCCUGGGCUACCCAAGUGUGAAGAACUGUAUUUCAUGGAUGCAUAGAAUGUCACUCUACAGUAAUUCUGCAAAUGUCUCAUAUAAUUCAUCCCUUUUUAAUUUUCUGAGCUCUCGCACCACAAAGCAGAGCUAAUUAGUGGGCUCCAGUCCUACCUUAAGCAUGGCUUUAUAAAUCAAGAAAAAGUACAUUUUCCCUGCCAAGCACAAUGUGUGUACAUCAAUCCCAUUACUUGGCAUGCAAUAUCAUGAUCAGAGAGCCACACCUCUUAUGGACUACACCACAGUUUGGUGGAAAAAGCGACAGGAUUUCUAAAAACAACCGCAGUCCAAACCAGGGUUUUCCCAUCGCUAAAUGUACCAAACUCUCAGGAUAAAUAGCAUCAAGUGCAGAAAAGAAAACCACAAGGGUAAAAGUGAUCUUAAAUUAUUACACAUGGGCUUUAGGCUACAAGCCAUAAGUUAACAGAGAAAAGAUGUUUUUGUUUUUUUAAGCAUUAGGUGUCUGGUCACACAGAGGUCAGUAUCCUUACUGUCUUUCAUGUUCAUUACAAAAUCAAGAUAUUGUAAAUGUGGUUUCUUUGUCCAUUAUACGUUAUGUCCAGUCACGUUUCUUUAACAUUUAGGAGAUAAGAUGUUUUUCAUGCAUUAAAAGAGUCUAUGUACAGCAAGGAUUUACAUAAAAAAAAUCAUAUAGACUUUUUUUUAGGACUUACAAUAUUUUGCCCCAUUUCUCUGCCUGGCCCAGAACAAAUAUCUUAAACAGACAAUCACCAAGUAGCAUAAAAAAUGAUAAUAA